GAGUAAGAUCUCAAAGAAAGAUCUGCAAUCUGUCUAGGACGCUAAAGUAACAAUGCUUGGUGUGAUCCCAAGUAUUGUCCGGACAUGGAAAAGCUCAAAUUGUGUUGCUGGCUAUGAUUGGUCUACCAUCCGUUGUUUUGGUUCCACCGGAGAAGCAUCUAAUGUUGAUGAAUACCUAUGGCUGAUGGGGAGAGCUUGCUACAAGCCUGUUAUUGAAUAUUGUGGUGGUACUGAGAUUGGUGGUGGAUUUGUUUCUGGGUCCUUAUUACAGGCUCAGUCAUUGGCUGCUUUCAGCACACCAGCUAUGGGCUGCAGUUUGUAUAUUCUUGGCAGUAAUGGCCUUCCCAUUGUAAGCACCAAUCAAGCUCACCUUUUAUUUUAGUGCAAGUACAAAAUAUAGGGGCAGUGUACC